GUUCUUUUCUUCUGUGGCGUUCAGGGUCGCCAUGUUAAAACAGGCCAGCUUGCUGCCAUCAAGGUCAUGGACGUCACAGGAGAUGAGGAGGAGGAGAUUAAAGCAGAGAUUAACAUGUUGAAGAAGUACAGCCACCACAGGAACAUCGCCACCUACUAUGGAGCCUUCGUCAAGAAGAACCCUCCUGGGGUAGAUGAUCAGCUGUGGCUGGUAAUGGAGUUCUGCGGCGCCGGUUCGAUUACGGAUCUGAUCAAAAACACCAAAGGGAACACUCUGAAGGAGGAGUGGAUCGCCUACGUCUGCAGAGAGAUCCUCAGGGGUCUGACCCACCUCCACCAACACAAGGUCAUCCACAGAGAUAUCAAGGGCCAGAAUGUGCUGCUGACGGAGAACGCAGAGGUUAAACUAGGACCCAGGACCCACCCAGAACCCACCCAGGACCCAGGACCCACCCAGAACCCACCCAGGACCCUCUCCCUCACCCUAAGGGCCCGUGGUCAUUUCACGUCAUUCUGUGGGACCAGACGGCGGCUGGACCUGACCCCUCUCCGGGGUAAACAACUGGCGGCCAGUUCCUGCGAGUUCUUCUCCGUUUGA